AUGUCUUACUCCUGGGGAACACUAGCAGCAGAAAGAACCACUUUUAUUAUGAAAAAAAUUCCCUUUGACUGGAGACUUUCGCCGAGUGAUCUCUCAUAUGCGAGAAUGCAGCGGAGCAUCACGGGACCUUUUAUUUGCAAAUAUCUGGAUCGAUUUGAACAAGAAUACCUAAACCAUGAUCCAAUUUCAAUACUAAGGAGGAUUUGGAAUGGAGAAUGGACCGCUGUUCAAUGUGUACGGGCUUCUUGCAAGAUUUCUUGUAUUGCCCACCAAAUUAAUCCUUGCUUGCUCAAUAUAAUGAUACCCGAAGCUUUGGAAAAGGCUAGGAAGUUAGAUAAAUCUUUUGAAAAGGGCCGGGGGUCGGUAAAGGGAUUUCUUCAUGGUCUUCCAAUAAGUGUUAAAGAUCAAUUCCAUGUCAAAGGUUCAGAUACUACCAUGGGUUAUGUUGGAUGGAUUGGCACUUUUGAAGGAGAUGGUGAUAGUACUAAGGUGGAAGCGGUAGAAAGUCAGGUUAUUUCAGAUUUGGAAGGACAAGGUGCUGUGGUUUUCUGUAAGACCAGCUUGCCACAAACUGUUCUCUAUGAUGAAACUAUAAAUAAUAUCAUCGGCCAGACACUUAAUCCAGUCAAUCGACUUUUGUCCUGUGGAGGCUCUUCUGGAGGUUUCCUUUCACGCUCACUCGAAGGUCUAGAAUUAGUCAUGAGCAGUCUCCUCUCGACCUCACCUUGGCUUCGCGAUCCCGCUGUUGUUCCAAUUCCUUGGCGUAAGGAGGAUAGACUCAAAGCCAGAAAAAGGCUCAAAUUUGGCAUAUUUUCGUGGGAUGGAAUGAUACAACCUCAUCCGCCUGUUACGCGUGCACUGGAAAUAGUUGUCAAUGCUUUGAAACAUGCAGGACAUGAGCCAGCUAUAAUGAACGCGGAUGGUUCCCAACAUAUCCAGCAGCAGUUAGCGUUAUCCGGGGAACCAUUAAUCAAUGAUUUACAAGACUUCUACACGUUAAAAUCACCAAUGUCUCUUCUCGAAUACCAAGAUCGAGCACUGCAACUGCGAGAUUAUAGGCAAGCAUACUCUGAUUACUGGAAUAGUACAGCAGAUGCAGAUGGGAAUAUGGUUGAUGCAGUAUUGAUGCCAGCAGCACCUCAUGCUGCCGUUAUACCUGGAAAAUGGGUACAUCUCGCAUAUACGGAAGUACUCAAUCUGCUUGAUUAUACAGCAUUGGUGAUUCCAAUCACGCAUGCGGAUAAGCAUAUGGAUGAACUUCAUGCUUAUGUACCGGUUAGCGAGAAGGAUUCGAGAAAUUGGACGGCAUAUGAUGCGGAGAUAUAUGAUGAUGCGCCAGUGGGGAUACAGAUUGUGGGGAGAGUUUGUGAAGAGGAGAAGAUUAUUGGGGUGGCGGAAGUUGUGGAGGGGGUUUUGGGGAGAUGA